AUGAACGCACAAGACAAAACUAAUGAAGCUUUCGUAGAAAAGUUUGAAGCUUGGCAGGCAGAGGUCAUCGAAGUGGGCAGAGAGCAGCAUGCUCUGAUGGAUAAGUUCAUGGCCCAUGAAGAUGCAACGCCGGCUGACUGUGAUGCAGUGGCGACCGGUAGAGAGCGCAAGGCUUCUGCGCUGAUAUCGCCGUUCCACCCGAAGGAGGCUUGGCCACGGACAGUACCGUAUCUGAAUAUGAUUCCGCGGUCCUUGUAUGAGGAAGAAGAGGCAGACCACCGCCGAGGCUACAUGAAGCAGUAUCAUGCGAUCGUUCGGAAGAUCAGCCGACGUGGCAACGAGACCUUCGAACUCAAGCGGAUCGCGGUUGACACCUCACCUAAAAUUAGCUUCGAGACGCUAGUGACCAUGGAGCAGACCCAGCAAUGGCGCGCGGUGCUACAGGCCGAGAAGCAAAAGUUUGCGGCCGAUAAGGCACAGUUCGAGAUGGAUCUAAACAACGCAAUCAUCGCUCAGCUGCGCGAUCAGCCCGGCUGGUCUAGUUCUUGA